AUGAAGCCCGUGCCAAGCAGCACCGUACCGGCGUCGAGCUCUAUUGCGUCGUAUCCGGGCACGACGGCGGAGCCAGUUCCCUUCCUACCGCCCGGCGUAAUAGGAGGCUCGGAAGCAUGGUCUGACCCCGACCCCAAGACAAAACUUACCGGCGAUGACAAGACAAAAUCGUCAAAGACAGCGGGGUUCGUCACCGACACGUCCAAGUACGGUGAGCCCGGCGAGGUGACGGUCACGAAAUCGAUUCCCCCCAACUACACGCCAUCUCCCAAGCACCCGGCCAACCCUGGGCCCAUCAGCCUUCCAAGCUCGGCCGACAAGUUGAUCGUGACUGCCACGGUGCCGACCACGCGCAGCGCCGUCGUUACGACCGUGGCCCGAUUGACCACAGUCAAAGACGUGGUGGCGACGGUGACGGGGACGACAACGCUCAAGAACAUCGUAGUGACAGUGACGGGCAGCCGCGUGAGCUCGUUCACCAGCAUCAAAACACUGGCCGCGGUGGCGGUGACCGGCUAUGAAGUGGUUGCGACGAUCGACGGCGGCGGCGGAAUCGUGGCGUACGAGACGGCGCCAGCAGUUGUGACGCUGACUGGUGCUAACGGCAUGCCCACAGCAACCGUCACGAGGCCGCCAUUUUCGACGCCAACCGUGGUCACGCUAUUCGGCGCAGACGGCGCCCCGACAGCAACAAUAACGACCAGCGCUCUGGCCACGCCCAUCGUCACAACCCUCCGGAACUCGGCCGGCGUGCCUACCGCCACAGUCACCGAAUACCCGGUGGUAGUACGCCCCAGCGGAAAGCCAGAGCCAGAACCGGGGACGGGAACGCAGCCGCCGGCGGAAUCGCAGAUCGUCGUCGAGGUCUACUCGCUCUCGCGGCUCGAGUAUUUCAUCGGCUUCUUCCUGCCGCCCAUCCUCAGCGUCAUGCUGACGAUCCCGGUGCGCAUGAUCGACCUGGCCGCCAAGCAGUACCAGCCUUGGCAUGCGCUCGCGUACGGUGCCAGACGGGGAGGCGCGGCGGCUAGCGAGUCGCUGUGCCUGCGGACGGGCGGGAUCCAUGGCGUCUCGUCGAGCAUGCGGUCGCUGGCCGAAGGCAGCCAGGCGCCGCUCGUGUUCCUGACGACGCUGCUAACAAUAUGCUCGGUGGCCAUCGUGACGCUGUCGCCCGAAGCCAUCGCGCUCAAGCUGCAUGGGAGCUGCUCGGCAACGGAUUUCCGCGGCUGCGCCAUGACGCUCGGCGUGUUCCUGGCACCCGCACGCGCGGUGGUAGUGCUGCUGGCCUUCAUGACGCUGCUCAUCGUGCUCAUUUUGCUUGUGCUGCUGCGUCGCUGGCGUUCUGGAGUGGCCGCAAACCCCUGGACCAUUGCCGGAGUGGCUGCUCUGGCGACUAACCCUGAUGUCAGGGCGCUCUUUGCGUCACUGCCAACGGGCCGCCGCGGGAGGGUCAAACACAGCGAGCUCGUCAAGGCCCUUACCGGGCACAUGUUCGUGCUUGGUCAUUUUGUCAACGACCAUGGCGUCUCAGAGUAUGGGGUCAUGAUCCGCGAGGAAGACGACUCGCAGGAAUCGGACGGCAGCGGGCCGGGCAUCGUAGGGGUACGGCGGCAGCAGACUGAUGCCGCGGAGGAGACGAGGCAUAAGACGGAGCACCACCUGCCGUUCUUGAUGCUCUCGUACAAAGGGAGAGCCGCAUUCCUCGUGCUGCUGACGGGCCUGAUGGUGGUGAUUCUGUACUACAACAACACGUGGGACGAUACUCCGUUUGAGCAGUUCAUGGAUACGUCGAGCUUUGGGGUGCGUGCGCUGUUCACGCUCGUCGGCAUCUGCAUCACGUUUUUCUGGAGUUCGUUCUUUACCAGCAUGGCCGUGUUGAGCCCAUAUCAGCUCCUUUCGCAGGGGCCGCAGCCAGCAGGGCGUUCGGUGGUGCUGUCGCCGCCGCUUAACGCCUUCUCGGGCAUCUUGAGCGCGGCGCGGCGGCGGCACAGGUACCUGGUGACGGUGGCAUUCACGGCGAUCCUGUCCGAGUUCCUGCCGUUGCUGCUCAGCAACGUGCCGUUCCGGGUAACGCAGACGUGGAUGACGCACAUGGUGUGUACAUGGCUCGCCAUGGCCAUCCUCACCGUUAUGUGGCUCGUCGUCGCCGGCGGCUUCCUCGUGAAGUGGCCGCACCUCCCCGUAGAUCCCAGCACCAUUGCCGGCGCCAUGUUCUAUGUCCACGACUCGUCCAUCAUCUGUACCCUCGAGGGGCUCGGCGCGCUGGGUAAGAAAGAGCGGGACCGCAGGGUGGUAGACAUGCGUCUCAAGUACGAGUUUGGCGACAUGGCGGGCCUGGGAGGGCGGAAGAGGAUCGGCGUCGACGGCUCGCGGGACGAUAGGGAUACAUGA